AUGUGGAAUGAUCUGUCGACUCUCAAUUGUACUAUACUGUGGUGUUUGAGAUGGCUCGCACAACCACCGAGCUUGGCGGGGGAGCAGUCAAACUGGAGAAAAAGUAGGAUCCGCCGAGCAAGGAUCAAGCUCAGAAUGGCGUUUACCCACUUUGGGGAACCAAGAAGGCGGCUGAGGCCUGCAAGACAGGGCGUCCAGCCGCCGGGGGCAUGCCUCGACAGAAGUGGAGGUCUGGCCAAUGACAGCACACAAGCGACCGCCUGGGUUCGCCCAAGCGCCGGCGAGCCUGCACGCAAACCACCGAAUCUGCCCAAUCGUUUUGCGCCGCUUCCGAAGAACCUCCAAAUGGUCACCUAUCUACGGUCUAGGUCUGGGAGGACUGUACUGUAG